GUUACACGAGUUUAUGUUCAGGCUUAUUCUUGGAGACGGACUGAGGAGGAGGUGUGUUUAGCUUCGCAUUUUAUUAACUAUUUAGUUACUGUGUUUUUUCAGGCUUUAUGGAUCAUUGAAAAAAAGCCUGCAAAGUUUCCAGCUUGGGAAUGUUGGUGGUGACAUGUCGCUGCGUGGUUUGUCGGUAAUUCCAGGCGGCGAAGGAGUAACCAAGCCAGGCUAACCGAGCUAACGGCUAUCAGCUAACACCGUUGGCUGCUCCAUCGCUAUAACGGAGCGCAGAAAGGGUUUUUUUGACGCAGCAUUUAAUAACAACCCUCUUUCUUUCUUUCUCAACUCCUGGAUAUAUCGACUUCAGAACUUUUAAAUGGGAGCAAUGCUUCAACGCGAAGGCUAAAUGUGGAGUCCUAGCUAACAUCGGCUACUUUUGUUGAUGCUAUGUGUGAGACUUAAUGGACUCUUGUAGCAAUUUAUUCUGAGUUUGUGUAUCGCGAUCGAUUUGUGAUGAAACGCAUAAUUGAAGUGCGUUAAUUUGUUUAAUUAAAAAAAUAAAAAACGUUUUUUUUUUGCAACACGGCGAUCAUAUUGUUUUGGUCGACAUGGCAGCCAGCGGAUACUCUGACCUGAGAGAGAAGCUAAAGUCCAUGACUCCGCACCGGGAUGACUACGGGAACAAAUUCCGGGCGAGUAACGGCAGCGAGAAGGGUCGAAAGCGGAAGUAUCGAGAGUCGGACGACGACGAAUACGAGCAUAGCGAUGACAGCGCUGACCUCCGGGAGCAGGAGGCCCGCCGGGUGAGGAGCAGCGUCAUACAGCGGAGCAUCUUCACCCCGGAGGAGUGCGCCCGCAUCGAGGAGAAGAUCGACGAGGUGGUCGCUAAAGCAGAGGCUGGACUGUACCGGGAGCACACGGUGGACAGGGCGCCCCUCCGAAACAAGUACUUCUUUGGGGAGGGGUACACGUACGGUGCCCAGCUGGAGAGGCGCGGGCCGGGCCAGGAGCGACUGUACCGCAAAGGAGAGGUGGACGAGAUCCCGAGCUGGGUUCAUGAGCUGGUGAUCGAGCGCCUGGUGUCCAACGGGGUGAUUCCUGAGGGGUUCGUCAACAGCGCGGUGAUCAACGAUUACCAGCCGGGUGGAUGCAUCGUGUCCCACGUGGAUCCCCUCCACAUCUUCGCUCGGCCCAUCGUCUCGGUGUCCUUCUUCAGUGACAGCGCGCUGUGCUUCGGCUGCCGCUUCCAGUUCAAACCGAUCCGGGUGUCAGAGCCGGUGUUCGUCCUGCCUGUGAGGAGAGGGAGUGUCACAGUGCUCAGUGGCUAUGCUGCUGAUGACAUCACUCACUGCAUCAGACCUCAGGACAUCAAGGAGAGACGUGCAGUAAUCAUCCUCAGAAAAACUAAACCCGAUGCCCCUCGGCUGGACUCUGAGAGCCCUUUAAGUUCUUCUCCUGCACUAAGACCCGCUCCUCUCAAAGCCAAGCGCUCUCAUCGAAAAGCAGACCCGGAUGCUGCUCACAGACCAAGGGUCCUGGAGAUGGAUAAGGAGGAGAACAGACAUCCUUCACUAUCCCGCCAUCCUCGCCGCGGCGCCAGCUCAGAAAAUUACAGGAGCCGCGAUGAAGACCACGACAAACAUCAGGAGAGCUCAGGGCGCAAAGUCAAAAUGAGACGCCACUGAGCACCUCUUUGACACGCUUGUUCACUUACUAAAAUAUCUCUGCUCCUUUAUCUACGUCAGUAUUGUAACUUUUCUUAUGUUUCUUUGGUCAAUUGUUAUUUGAAUGGUCCAGUUUAUUCUGAUGCAAGAACCUCAGCUAGGUUUGAGUUUUAUUUGAGUCUAAAAAAUGUUUGUUUUGUGGCAGAUAAAACUGGCUUUUCUGCUGCUUAUGAUAAACCUCACCUUACUCACUAAAGUAAGAGUCUGUUGUUUAACAGUUCAGUUAGUUUAAAUUAAACAUUUCUUUGUUUAUGUAUUAAUAGAGGAUCGGAAAAGGCAUGUAUUUUUUCUACCUUGAAAACUAAAGGACAGUUGGACAUAUGGACCUGUACAGAAGCAAACCCAGGCUGUAAUCUAACCUCAUAAUGUACAAAUCAGCACAGUCUUUAUUUGGGGGUUUUAUGGAGACCGAUCUUGUUUUUUGUGUUCUCUAUAUCCUUUCAAAUCCAUUACCUUUCCAUCAUGUCAGAUCUUUUCUUUUUACUUAUAUUAAGCUACAAAUUUCAGUUAUAAGUUGCUGCAUAUGGCACGAGUUCAUCUCUGCUUUAUGAGUUAUGAUUUUAGUUAAUUUAGGUUGAGUUGUUACAGGAGCUAAGAAUGCUCUGUGGGAGAUGAUACUUUCUCCUGCCUCUGUAUAAGGCCGCUGUAUACUUUAUGACAUGAACCAUGUCAUUCCUGUUCCUUAAUAAAUCCACUUUU